GGUGGCCUGCUUCCAACCUAAAUACUGCCUCUUAAAAACAGAUAUUUUCAGUCUUCCAUGGCCCUAUCUGGAUUUAGUGAUUUUGAUGAAUUGUCAUCUUGUGAGACACUUUUGUAUCACAAUGGCCUAUCAGCGAUCAGUUUUACCCAUGUUUUUGAUAGGAAGAAAAUUGAUUCUUGCUUUCAGUCACUACAUACUUCAGACGUUCCAAGCAGCAAAACAUGCUCACCAGUUAUUAUAGACGGCGAAAAAAGUGUUUCGUCAAAUUCUAGACUUGUCCUCCCACACAGCAAGCCAAGUUUUCAUCUUAAUCAUGAGGACCGACCAAUGUUAGCGGGUCCAUCGUUUUCUGAAAAUAAGACGGUAAAUUUUAAUCUUCCUUCUCUUCCUAUAAAUGUUACUGCUUUAUCCAGUACCUUUCCACAAUCUAUAUCGGCUGUACAACAACUGUGCUCUGUAAAGGGUACUACGAGUAAAAAGCGUCGUCUUUUUGGGGAACAAGAUAGGAUUUCUGCCUUAAUGUCAUUAAAUGAAUUCGAGGACGAUUAUAAAUCAGAAGCUCAUCGAAUUUCAAGUAAAACUCGACUAAGUCAACUGACAUAUUCUCGUGCUUCAAGUGAUAGUAAAUUGUAUCCGGAGACUGUGGAUUCUGUUUUACCCUUAAUCAAACCAGUUAGCAUAGUCAUCACAGAUUGUUUCCUUGAAUCAGAAGAAGAUGAUAUUGUUGAUUCCGGGCAAUUAGUGAAGAAGCGUCGAAAAAAUAGUGUUGUUUUAGAUGAAGAGAAGAAUGUUUCGAGAGAUAAUAGCGAGACGUUGGAGCCACCGGUAUCCUCUCUCCAAGGAUUAUCACCGAUCCCUUACCGUUGUGAAGAUGAUGUUGCGAUUCCAGGCGGUGUGUGUUCUUCUUUGGUUUGGAAUAAUGAUCUUCAGAAUUCUUCAAGAAGUUUAUCAAAUUUGCCUAUCAUACCUAAAGGUCGUCCGAGUGUGACAUUCGCACCAAUCGUAGUAUAUUUUGAUAGUCCAGAUAAUUCUCAACCCAGAGUAUCUGUUGGUCCGAUUGCUCAUGAGGAAAGUGAUCUUGGUCAUUUUGAUUGCGAACUGUCGGAAAAGCUAAUUCAUCAAGAAGGUUCCUUGACUCAGAGUGAAAAUAAAGAGAAUAUUGGAUCCUUUUUUGAAUCGACUGCGUUAUCUAGCACUCAAGACUCGAAGUAUCCAUCUCCAUCCACUUCCUCGUUAUCGUUAUCAAGAAUUAAACUUCCAUGGUGUACUCCAUACGAUUGCCAGUUUUUACCAUUCAAAUCAAAACGACCUCCUACUAAAAGUUUUAUACAAAGUGAUGGCCAUUUAAGACGUAGUAAACGACUACGUGUACCAGCUACACAUGAUAGGAAUAAAGUAGUUGUUUAUGAACCCGAUAAAGAUGAAUAUGGUUUAGUUUAUCAAAAACCAAUUGGAUUAGCUAUAUUACCUGACCCAGAUGAAAUUAACAGACGUCAAAAAUUUCUCAAUCGUUUAAAACGUUGUCAAAAUAAUCGUACUCAGUUUUUAAGAAAUGAAAAAAUCAAUCGAGCAAAACGCCUUCAAAAACUGGCCAAACGUUACAGAUCACUGAAAGGUGCACAGAAACCUGAAACAGAUCCAUGUAUGCGAAUUCAAUUGGAUCCAGAUGUUGAAUGGAUAUCACAUACAGAAACACAGUUGCCUAUCGGGAUCAAUGAUGCAUCUCCUUUCCAACAGGUGAUAUAUCCAGAAAAUGCACAAUUUCCUCCAUUCAAAUUUUCUACUAUGGAAUACUCGAGUUACGUAGUUCCAGCUUUAUCUGGUGCUUUUCCAAGUAGAACUAAGACUCGUAUACCUUGUUUUGAAAUGAAUGCAAAUCUUACGAGGAUUGUCAGUAAGGAACAAGAAAGACGUCAACUUCAUUAUGAUCCGAACGCUAUAAAUGUAUUUAAAAUGAUGUCAAGUCCUCCUGUUCUUAUGAAUAAUAACAGUUCUUACAGUCUUUAUGCUGUACAGAUUGCGAAAUUUGCCAUUCCUUUAACAAAACCUUGUAUCGUAUAUAUUCCAAAAGGUAUACCGUACAAAUUUUUAAAUGCAACAAAAGAGAACUUAAAUCUUUGUCGAAUAAGAUAUGUUUUAACUUGAUUCUUUUCUUUUAAAUAAUUUUAUGUAAUUUUAUCCGCUUCACUUCUGUCGUAUAUAUCUAUAUAUACACUUUUAUACCGAUUGUCAUUAUUUUGAUUUCUCUUGAAUAAAUAUAUUUAAAU